UUCAUGGGGAACCUUUAAUCUCGCUCACAGAAGAGACAGCAUCAAUUCCUUCGCGUCAGAGCCACAGGUAAACUGAGAAUCAAGGCACUUCCUGGCUCCAAAAACCAAGUGGUUGCAGAGUGUCUAAGCGGCCAUUAACUGUUUCAUCGAUUGUGUCGGGAGCAUGAAUCUCAGCCUCUCAGACCAGAGCAUGCACACAUCCAGUGAGGGCUACCCGGAGGAAGAAAAAGGCGAGCUGCUGCACCCUUGUUUCCGGAGAAGCAUGUACGACGAUUCCCUGACCACCUACUCAAAUGGAUCCAUCAUCUCCCAGCUGCUGAGGAAAACCAUCCAGAGCAAAAGGGUUCUAGAGGACAAUCUUUUCUACCUGCCGGCCACCACCGUGUCCAGCUCCACCAUGGCCGACUCCAGCCAGGAGGACCAGAGCAGCAACUCCUCCAAGGAGAGCAUGGUGGAGCUGGCAUCCCCUGGCAGCCACCCCUCCGUCACCGCCAGCCCUCCGGCUGACCGGCCCCUGAACGAGCACCACCAGGCAAAGCGCGCCCGGGUGGAGAACAUCAUCAGAGGCAUGGCGGGAUCGCCUAAUGCGCGGGUUCCAGGAGAAGGAGAGCGGAGCGAGGCCGAUGGCAGGGACGCCAGAGAGGCCUACAGGGAGAAUAAAAGGAAGCAGAGGCUGCCCCAGCAUCAGGAGCACAGCCUGGGCGGAGGCCCCGGAGUCAGCCGAGGAGGGGGUGGCAGUAAGGAGGAGGAGUGUCAAAGGCUCAAGGAGCAGCUGCAGACCAUGCAGAGGCUCCUCAGGCAGCUCCAGGAGAAGUUCUUCCAGGUUUACAAUCUGAGCGAUUCUGAGCAGGAGGACCGAGAGGAGGUGGGCCUGGCUGGCUCCAUGGAGUGUGAAGAACCCUUCCAGGGGUCUGACUCUGAGCUUCACGGGGACCAGGACAGUGAUUUUGAAAAGAGGACAGACAGCGUUAAAGCAGGCCGAAGAGGUGCAGUAAACGGCGGCCAUUUUUCAUUCCAUAAGGAGGGGAAGAAUCUACCUGAGACUCUCAAGCAUGAGCUCUCCAGGGCUGUGAGUGAGAGUGUGGACUUGGUUUUUAAAAAGUUUUCCUCAACUCUAUCUCCCCAGUUGCAAAUGGGGCAAGUUGCAGCACAUGUUAAUAUAGGACCCGAGAAGAAGACCCAAAUAUUGUGUGUGCAAGAGCAGCCACUCACUGAAGAGUCUAUGAAGACAAGGGCCCUGGAAUAUUAUGAGAGCGCUGAGGUGCAAAUACCUGAGGACCAGACGGAGGCACUUUCACUGGUGGUUCGCAAGCCACCUCUGAACCACCCUAAUUCUGUGAAUCAGGCAGUGAAAAGGCCCUACCCAGUUCACCAGGCUCCCUUUCAGUUCAGCUACAGUGCCCCCCUUCACGAGAACCAGAUUCUGGAGCAUCUCCUCAAGUAUGGCCCCCACGGCAAUUUCGGAAGCCUUCCGUGUCUGCCCCCGGGUGUGGACAGGUCCUCCCCAGAUUCGGUGGACUUGCCAUGGGACACCCUUUCUGCCAGACCCAAGGUGAGCUCCACUCAGAUGGUCCACCACGCCCGAUCAACAGCCUUGGGACAGGUGGCGAUGGAUAGCCUUUGCCUCCCUCAUGUUAAGAUGGAAUGCGGGGACCUGCAAAGCUUGGCGGAGAGGAACCCUUAUAUGUCACUCAAUAUUCAGGAAGGUCUAACACCCAACCAUCUGAAGAAAGCAAAGCUGAUGUUCUUCUAUACCCGCUACCCUAGCUCCAAUGUGCUAAAGACCUUCUUUCCUGAUGUCAAGUUCAAUCGUUGCAUCACCUCCCAGCUCAUCAAGUGGUUCAGCAACUUCCGCGAGUUCUACUACAUCCAGAUGGAGAAGUUUGCCCGGCAGGCCAUCGUGGAUGGAGUUAACAGCGUGACAGACAUGUCCGUCACCAGGGACUCGGAGCUGUUCCGCGCCCUCAACAUGCACUACAACAAAGCCAAUGACUUCCAGGUUCCAGACAGAUUUCUUGAAGUGGCUGAAAUUACUCUCCAGGAGUUUUUCAACGCCAUUUCCAUGACCAAAGACACGGACCCUUCCUGGAAGAAAGCAAUUUACAAGGUCAUCUGUAAACUGGACAGCGAUGUCCCUGAUGAGUUCAAAUCAUCCAACUGUGUGUAGAAAGAUCACAACGUUUUCUUUAUUUACAUUUAGAAAAAUAUCACGCAUCUUGCUGUGGACGUUCAGCGCACUCUUCCCCAUCCCAAGAACUCGUGAAUUAGCCUCCUGAAAGGCAGCCCUCAUCACUUCUGUUUCAAAUGGAUGUUAUAUAUUUAUGUAUCAGAUACAAAGUUGUAUUACUGGGAAGUGUUUUAGCACAAGUCAAGCUCUGUAACUGGACAAAUUAUAAUAUUGACUGGUUGGUUUGCCACAUUCAAACUGAGUAUACUUUUACCAAGAAAAAGGUCCUCUGACAAAGUGUGUGUAACCAUGAUUCCUGGGGCUCUGUUUCGCAAAUGUAUGAAAAGCAACAACAAAAAAGGAUUUAUGUCUCCUCACACUAUGAUUUUUAUAUUUAUUGGCCAACGGAUUAAUUUGGUUGAUUGUAAGUAAGAAUUCAACUGAAAUGAAGACCCAUCGGGAAUCCAUUUACUGUUGCUGUCGCACGUGCCGCUUUGAUCUACAGUAGAUCAUAGGGAAAGAGCAAGCCAUGCUGGAAUGAAUGGCCUGUACCCUCACUCUCAAAUAUACUUAAUAAUGUCCUUAUGUUCUUCUUAUUUUCCUGUGGUAAUACUCAUUGGAGCUCCAUAAAGAAAAUGUCAAUCAAGCAUUUCAACCAGGUUGGUAGCCUGGGGUAGCCUGUAGCCUAGUCGCUAAGGCACAUGACUGGAAACUGGAAGGUUGGUGGUCAAAGCCCUGGUGUAGCCACCUUAACCCCACAUUUCUUAGCUUGUCUAAUCAACUGUAAGUCGCUUUGGAUACAAGUGUCAGAUAAAUAACUGUAACGUGAUGUAAUGGGUUGGAGGGGGGACUGGAUUUAGCACGCUGGGAUAUGUCAUCACCCUACAUCAUCAUUGUUCUGAAUAAUUUUUGUGAGUCUCUACUAUCUCUAGUAUUUGCACAUCAGAACCACCAUCAGACUCAAGUGAAAAAAAUAUGAUACAGGAAGGAUUAUGAUUUUAGAGUUUGCGUAUGAUUCUCCAUUAAUGGAUUUCAGCUAUUAAAAGAUGAUGAAUGGUUCUGACCUUGAGUUGACUGUGUUGUAGAUAGAUUACAACUAUUGACAAGGUUUGAGUAAACAUCACUGUAUCUUUGGUCUUUCAAUAAUUUAGUUAUUGCUCAGAGGUUAAGUGGACCCUGCAAGAAAUGAUAAGCGAAUGCAGAAUGGUUGUAUUUUGCCGAAUUCUUUAUGAAUAUAUAUUUAAAGUUGGUUUUCAUCUAUGAAAUAACAGUUUUGGACAGUUUUUAUUUUUGAAGAAUAUGAAUUGAUUUUGAAAAGAGUAAAAGAGUAGCCUUAUGUAUAGUGCAAGUAGUUUGGAGAAUAUUUGUGCCCAUUUGCCAGAUACUUGUAGAUGUCAAUUGUGGAAAUUCCAUGUAGAGGCUAAUGCUGAUUUUUACUGAUUUUCGUGUGAAAAUUCAGUUUUGGGGCCCACUAAAUGGGACUCAUGAAAAGGUGUUCAUGUAAGCAUCAUGCCUGGAAACUCCACUGCAGCAUCUAUUCAUUGCUGUAGUCCAGUAGUACCAUUAUUUUCAAUCAGGGAUAAACCCAUUCAACACACUUGUUCUAUACUUUUUGUUUCUAUAGUCAGUGCAAUUUAUUAAGUUUACAUUUUUGUAGUGAUUUCCUAGCUGGGCAAACUGUGACAAUAAAGCUAUGAUUCAUUAUUUUAAAAGAA